CUGCCCGCCGGUCCCUCCGCCGUCGCCAUGUCCUCGUCCUCCUCCUCCCCCAGGGAGGCAUACGAGGAGGAUCGGGAGUACGAGAGCCAGGCCAAGCGCCUCAAGACCGAGGAGGGGGAGAUCGACUACUCCGCGGAAGAAGGCGAGAACCGCAGGGAAGCGACGCCCCGGGGCGGGGGCGAUGGCGGCAGCGGAGGCGGCGGCCGGAGCUUCUCACAGCCGGAGGCAGGUGGAAGUCAUCAUAAAGUUUCUGUUUCACCCGUUGUUCAUGUUCGAGGACUCUGUGAAUCUGUGGUGGAAGCAGAUCUUGUGGAGGCUCUGGAAAAAUUUGGGACAAUAUGCUAUGUGAUGAUGAUGCCAUUUAAACGACAGGCUCUAGUGGAAUUUGAGAACAUAGAUAGUGCCAAAGAGUGUGUGACGUUUGCUGCAGAUGAACCUGUGUACAUUGCUGGUCAACAGGCUUUUUUCAACUAUUCUACAAGCAAAAGAAUCACUCGGCCAGGAAAUACUGAUGAUCCAUCAGGAGGCAACAAAGUUCUUCUAUUAUCAAUUCAGAAUCCUCUCUAUCCAAUUACAGUGGAUGUAUUAUAUACUGUAUGCAACCCUGUUGGAAAAGUGCAACGUAUUGUUAUAUUCAAGAGAAAUGGGAUACAAGCAAUGGUUGAGUUUGAAUCAGUCCUUUGUGCCCAGAAAGCUAAAGCAGCACUCAAUGGAGCAGAUAUAUAUGCUGGAUGUUGCACACUAAAAAUUGAAUAUGCAAGGCCAACUCGUCUAAAUGUUAUUAGGAAUGACAAUGACAGUUGGGACUACACUAAACCAUAUCUGGGAAGACGAGAUAGAGGAAAGGGUCGCCAGAGACAAGCCAUUUUGGGAGAACACCCUUCUUCGUUUAGACAUGAUGGCUAUGGAUCGCAUGGUCCAUUAUUGCCUUUACCGAGUCGUUACAGGAUGGGCUCUCGAGAUACACCUGAGCUUGUUGCAUAUCCAUUACCGCAGGCUUCUUCCUCUUACAUGCAUGGAGGAAAUCCCUCUGGUUCAGUUGUAAUGGUUAGUGGAUUACAUCAGCUAAAAAUGAAUUGUUCAAGAGUCUUCAACCUAUUCUGCUUAUAUGGAAAUAUUGAAAAGGUAAAAUUCAUGAAGACUAUUCCUGGUACAGCGCUGGUAGAAAUGGGUGAUGAAUAUGCUGUAGAAAGAGCUGUCACACACCUUAACAAUGUCAAAUUAUUUGGGAAAAGACUUAAUGUUUGUGUGUCUAAACAACACUCAGUUGUCCCAAGUCAAAUAUUUGAAUUGGAAGAUGGUACGAGUAGCUACAAGGAUUUUGCAAUGAGCAAAAAUAAUCGAUUUACAAGCGCUGGCCAAGCAUCUAAGAAUAUAAUCCAGCCACCCUCGUGUGUGCUGCAUUACUAUAACGUCCCACUGUGUGUCACAGAGGAGACCUUUACGAAGUUGUGUAAUGACCAUGAAGUUCUUACAUUCAUCAAAUAUAAAGUGUUUGAUGCAAAACCUUCUGCCAAAACGCUUUCUGGGCUGUUAGAAUGGGAAUGCAAAACCGACGCAGUAGAAGCCCUUACAGCACUUAAUCACUACCAGAUAAGAGUUCCAAAUGGUUCCAAUCCCUACACAUUGAAGCUUUGCUUUUCUACAUCAUCCCAUUUAUAAGAAGAGAAGAGCAUGUUAGAAUUUAUGUUCACAUUUAUUACAAUUUUAAAGCUAUACUUCAUUUUAAAAA